GCACCGACAAAAGUUUCUCUUGUGUGAAUUCUAAGUUGGCCUAUUUCUGUAGUUCACCUAUAAAACGAACCCCGAUCGUUGACCAGCUUCAGUUAUUCGGAGGACUCGGGAGUGUAAAGAGAUGCGUUGCCUUCUGCUCGCCGUGGUGGCGGGUCUGGCGGUCUUUGCCGUCCAGAUUCGUGCCCAAGAAGCCGCCCCUGUAGACGCAGACCCCGUCGGCGAACUCUCCGACGAAGCCUUUGACGACGACGGAGUCCUUGACAUAAAGAAUGAAGAGAUGGCCCGAAUGCUGGCUGACCUUUUCGACGACGGUGAUUUUGCUGAAGCCGAGGAGGAACGCCAAAGUAACCGUGAAGCUCGUGCCCGCGGGGAAAAUGUCAAGGAAAGCGUCGGCGAGGAAAAGGCUGUUUCCAUUGACGCCAAAGACCAGGCUCGUUACAACAACUUCAUGGACACCUUCCUUCGUAGACUCAACUUAUACGCCCGCAGCCAGUUCGACCCUCUUGUGGUUGGACUGAGCAAAAAGGACAAAAAGGGCGGCAAGCCUUCGAAGUCAAAGGAUAAUAAGAAGAAGAGAUCAGGUAAUAAAGGCAAAAAAUCCGAAAAAAAACCUGGCAAGGACAAGAAGAAGGGAAAGCAUCCAAGGAAUCUUAAUUUAGACGAGGUCGACCUAGGUGUUCCAGAAGUGCCAGAGGUGGCGCACCAUGAAGUUGAAGGGGAGGAACCUGUCCAUGAAGUUGAGAAGAGGGAAGUGGAAGAAAUCGUAGCCUUUGAGAUUACUGAAGAAGAGGAAGACGAGGAUGAACUUGAGGAAGACGACGAAGUCGAAGAGGAAUCUCUCGUCCGAGUUGCCCGCGAAGCCGAAGAAGAGGAUCCCGCUAACCAGGAUGAAGUCUCCCGUCGUGGUACGCCAGCUAAGAGCAAUAAGAAGGGUGCUGCCAAGAAAGGAGGCAAGAAGGGAGGAAAGAAGAAGAAAGGAGGCAAGAAGGGAGGAAAGAAGAAUCCCAAGAAGGCUGGAAAGAAGGGAAAGAAAUCUGGAAAGAAAGGCGGAAAGAAAUCCAAGAGAUCAACAAAGGGUUCAUCAAAGCCACGCACCUCCCGAGCCACCGUCAAAGGUAUCGCUUCUCUUCAGCGACAAGGCGACGUUAUUGUCGUCAACAAGAAGGGAGGAAAGGAAAUGAGGGCCAAGUUCACCCUUGGACCAGUUGAGCUUUCAAUGAACAGAAAAUUCGGACAGGGGAAAUCCGCCUUGCUGAGAGAAGCCAAGGCCACCACACCCGAAAUCACAGGUAAACUUUCCCUCCUCGUGUCCCGGAGUGGGAAGGCCAAGGUUACCAACCUCUACAUCGCCCGCCCAUCCAUCGUCCAGGUGGACGGAACCAUUCACAAGACAACGAAGGGCGGCAAGAACGACAACAACUUCAUGGAGAACUCCCUCAACAAGAUCUCCCCCAUCGCCAGCAAGAAGCUGAAGAUCGCCAGCCGCAAGAUCCUCUCUGCUGGUGAAGCUAAGAGCAACCCAGAAGUGUAGAAAGAUUUUUUUUUAUCUAAUACCAUUCCAAGAAGAACAUGGAAGCAGUUGUCUCGUGAAUCAACGAAUUUCCAUUUUCCCCUACAUUUCACAGAUGACUUUAUUGUUAAAAGAAUCGCCAAUCCUAAAUUAAGAACAAAACCAAAUGGCUGGGAAUGAAGCCGUUUUACCUUAUAAAUUUUAUCAUUCUGUUGUUUUAACUCUCAGGGUUUAUUUCGUUCACUGAAUUUUAUUUUGUUAAAUUAUUUCUGUUAUAGCUGAUCUCACGUUGAUCGUUUAUUGUUUUCGGCCUUUAAUCUCUUCUCCUGGUUACUCCUAAUCAAUGCUCAAUUGCUCUCCUCUUAAAAAAAUAAUAAAUAUCACCUAAAAAAAGUCAGAAAACUACAAAAGAAAAAAAAGAAAAGAAGAAGAAGAAGAAGAAGCGCCAGAUCCUCUUCAGAACGUGCACUUCUGAAGAUCUUCUGACAAGUUGACCUCAAAGGCAACCGACCCAAAGCUCUUGACCUCUGGAUUAUGAUUACGACCGCCGCCGUACUCUCUCUCUCCAAGCUCUCUUGAAUUCAUCCCCUGAUUAGGAAGACGAAGAAGAUGGAAAAGAUGAAAAGAAAGAAGAAGAGAAACGAAGGCCUUCGGCGAGAUUCCUUGCGAAUCCUAUUACAAAUCCUAUUACAAUGCUGCCGCAUUUAUAGGACUUCAGAAGGACUCUCCCGCACAGAGGUUGACUUGAAGAGGCCAAAAAGGGAGAUGGUACAAAGGACUCUGACGCAUCGGUCUGCCAUCAAAGAAGAAACUUGACGAUACAGUGAAAUAUCGAUACAUUGUCUCUUGCCCCACAUUUGCUCUGCAGCCCACAGCGAGCUGGUUCUCGCAUCAUUAUAUUUAUUUGUUAUUAACUUAUUGUUAUAUUAUUAAUAAAGUAGGUUAAGUAUAA